AUGACAGAGAGCAAUAGCGCUGAAUACAACCGUGGUUUGCAAGAUGCAAUGCGCCAUCGGUCCCGUACGGAGGAUAAUUGGCUUCGUGCAAGUCUUGGUCCAGUUCUUUGGUUUGGUGUACCUUUUGCUAUUGCAUGGGUGUACUUACGUCGACAGGCUCCUCCAGGAGUUACUUCUAACCCUUUUGAGGGUAUGAUGGAACAAAUGAUGCCUAUAAAGAAACGUCAGUUUCGUGUGGAUGUUAAAGGGACCAAGUUCAGUGAUGUUAUUGGUAUCCCUGAGGCGAAGGAAGAGGUUCGUCAAUAUGUUGAUUUUCUCAUAGAACCUAAUAAGUUUACUCGUUUGGGAGCGAGACUACCAAAAGGGUGUUUACUCACUGGAGAACCUGGUACAGGAAAAACAUUACUGGCAAAAGCUGUUGCUGGUGAGGCUGAUGUGCCAUUCUUCAGUUGCAGUGGUUCAGACUUUAUAGAGCUUAUGGGAGGAAGUGGACCUAAACGUGUACGAGAAUUAUUUGAAGAAGCUCGAAGUUCUGCUCCAGCUAUUGUAUUUAUUGAUGAAGUUGAUGCGAUAGGGUCUAGAUCAGGAAAACAAGGUGGUUCUGUAAGUAGUGAAGAAAAUCGAACCAUUAAUCAAUUAUUGGCAGAACUUGAUGGAUUGAAUACCGGUUCUGAUGCUAUUAUUGUUUUUGCUGCCACAAAUUUUCAGGAUAAUAUUGAUAAAGCCUUGUUACGGGAGGGACGUUUUGACAGGAAAGUAAAUGUUGAGAUGCCUGAUAAAGCAGCAAGAGUUGAAAUCUUUAAGCAUUAUUUGGAUCGUGUGGGAACUGGUGAUCCAAACGGACGAACGACAGAUGAUGAUGGUAAACCUUUGCCAGUGAAUAAUGCAAUUAGUAAUUUGGAGUUGGCAAAGGAAAUGGCUGAGUUAACACCUGGUAUUUCUCCCGCAACAAUCGCAACUGUUGUAAAUGAAGCUGCUUUACAGAGUGGUAUUCGUGAAAAAAAAAUAGUGGAAAAAGAAGCUAUUCUUGAAGCAGUUGAUAACACAUUGGUGGGACGAAAACACCGCAAUCGUCAAAGUGACGCAUCUCUACGAAGGACAGCUAUUCACGAAGUAGGCCACGCGUUGACAGCGUGGAUGAUGCCUACGGUUAAGCCUGUUCUAAAAAUAAGUGUGGUUCCACGUGGCCAAGCACAAGGAUUUACUCAACGUGCAGGAAGUGAAUUUCAUGAGUAUCAAACAAAUGCUACGCUCUUCGCUGAUAUGGUUGUAAUGCUGGGUGGACGAGCCGCAGAAGAAACUUUGCUUGGUGAUCCAUCUGCAGGAGCUAUGGAUGACUUACAACGAGCUACAGAUAUUGCUCUUAAGCAGAUGAUGGCCUUUGGUAUGGAUAGUACCACUGGAUUGCUAUCCUAUCACCCAGAAUCAACACAGGCGGGACGUAUUUUCGUUAGUUACUCUAACAAAUCUCAGCAUCUCGCAGAGAUGGAGGCAAAAAAACUGGUCUCCCUUGCCCAUCAAACGGCAUUAGAUAUUAUUAAAGCAAAUACUUCAAAAAUUGAUGUGGUGGUAUCAGAACUUGUAGAAAAGAAGGAACUCAUGACUGCAGAUUUGGAACGUCUAUGGGGAAAACGUCCAUCAUCACCAACCACAGAACAACUUGUGGAAAAGCUAAUGAAAUUUCAGAAGCAAUCCACUGUGAGCUCUACAAAAUGA